AUGGGCCCAAACCGGCCAGAAAUGGGCCUAAACGGCCCAGAAAUGGGCCCAAACGAGCCAGAAAUGAUCCCAAACCGGCCAAAAAUGGGCCCAAAACCAGCCAAAAAUAGGCCCAAACGGCCCAGAAAUGAUCCCAAACUGGCCAAAAAUGGGCCCAAACUGGCCAGAAAUGGGCCCAAACCGGCCAAAAAUGGACCCAAAACAGUCAAAAAUGGGCCCAAACUGGCCAAAAAUGGGCCCAAACCGGCCAAAAAUGGGCCCAAACCGGCCAGAAAUGGGCCCAAAACAGUCAAAAAUGGGCCCGAACCGGCCAAAAAUGGACCCAAACCAGCCAGAAAUGGGCCCAAACCGGCCAGAAAUGGGCCCAAACGGCCCAAAAAUGGGCCCAAAUGGGCCAAAAAUGGGCCCAAAACAGUCAAAAAUGGGCCCAAACCGGCCAGAAAUGGACCCAAAACCGGCCAAAAAUGA